AUGGAUUCCGAUCUUGACUUGUCUAGAAAUGGUUUCUCUGUAUACGUUAUGUUGGCAAGACUAAGUUUGUACCACCGUCUCAUAACAAUGGUGAAAUGCAAUCAGCUCAAGUCGAAGAAUGAGCUAAAUGUUGAGGCCUUUUCUGAUUCCAAGUUCAAGAUGGGAAUAUUUUUGGAAAAGGGUCUUAGUGGUGUUCUCAGCCUUUUGAUUAGUGCUGUAAGAUUGAACCAGUCUUUGCUUUCUUUAGUUGGUAAUCUGAGUUUGACAUUGGUACUUUCGCAUUUCUAA